AUGGCGAAGCUAUCAUCAUCUGGGUGUGCUAGUGGCAGUGGCGAUCAUGUGCGUCGAGGGCUUUUGUGUGGUGUGAAGCCUGAGCAUGUCAUGACCUCCGGUAUCAACAUUUUUGAUCCAAAGUUGAGUGUAGAAGAUCUUUGGGGAGAUGUUCCAUUGAGUGGCGGUGCCCUGUUGGAGCACGUUCUGGCUUACUAUUCAGAUGGUGAACUAGAUGUACCAUUCUUUCAGAAUGUGACCUCCGAGGACGCUGGACAGAGUGGAUCACAUCGAAUUCGGUCAGUAGUCAAAAGCCCUCUGAGCCGGGAACUUCAGGAAUCUACAGUGGAGUGCUACAAGCAGAGGAUCUUCACAGAGAGAGCCGAUCUUCAAGUUCCGCACCGCCGAGCGAAAGUUCCCGCUCGAGGCAGGAACCUGGAACCACAGAUUGGAAGCUUGCUACAGAAGCUUCACGGAGCAGCCAGAGAACCCGUGCGUGGCUUCUGUGAUGGACAGGGGUCUCAAGAAGGAGGUGUUCCAAAGUUGUCAGAGCAAAAGCUGAAGAAGUCCGACAAGAAGUCAUCCUUUGUUGCGUGGACAGAUGAUGAGAAGAAGAAAUUUCUCAAGACCGUUGCACCCUUGAACUGUUCAUCCGACCCUGAAGACGAUCCUGGAACAAGAUCAUUGACAGCUAUUGAUGAUUUCAUGCAAGCCAUGCGAUAUGCAGAGAUGGUUGUUAAGGCAAGAACUGGGGAUACUGUGUCAGCAGAUGGCUUGGCUUCAGCCUUUGAGUUCACAGCUGGCAUUUUCUUGCAGUUUGUCUUUGAGUCCAGAGUUUGUCUCAAUGGCAAGGAUCUUCGUGUUUGGUCAUCACUGCGACCAGAAUUGCAGGCAACAUUUCUGUCUGCGUUUGAUGCCGCAUAUGACUUCAUUCAAGGGGCAUCUACGUCUGCUUCGGGAAGUGCAGGUUCUGGCCGUCAUCAGGCCAAUACGUUUGAACUAGCCAAGGCUCUUUGCGAAAGCUUCGUGAACAAACCUGUGACAAUGAUCAUCAUGGCUGACGAUGAGGAGCUUGCCAUCAAGCGCAUUGCUGCUACCAUGACUACAAAGGGUGAAUCACUUGUCCAACCCUUGAAGAACUUCUUGGAACAAUCCGGUAGACUGCCACCAAUGAUGCAACCUGCAGUUCGAGAUACCGUCGCAACGUUGCUUGAGUGCAAGACAAAGCGUUGGGCUUUGAUCGACCUCAUUUGCUACUUUCAGAACUUCAUCGACAAGGCUCUUCCACCAGCUUGGAUUGCAUUUGCGGCUGACGUCAUCGAGAUCUACACCUCUCGUAUGGAGCUAGUGGAAGGUUCCAAAGAAGUUUUUUCUGAUGCGAAGCACUUGGAGAAGUUCAUUGGCUUGAGAUUUGAAUAUCUUCUACAUUUGCUGAAUGCGUGCCUGUCAUGUGUACCAGAGCUUGUCAUUUCUGACGUGUCUGAAUCUACGGGGAAGUGCCUCGCCCAAUUUCUGACAAACAUGACUUCCCGUCAAAGGCAGACACUGGUGUCAUUUGAUGUUUUGCUGGGUGCGCCAGAAUGGGGCAAGCAAUGGACAUCCCAUUUGCGUGAAGGCAACUCAAUCCAAGAUGUCGUAGAAUCAGUGAGCAAGUAUGUCUCCAAACAGGCAAAGCAAACCACGAGUCAACCAGGUGGCGAGCAGCAGUCUGACAAGGAUGCGACAGGGAAGUCUGAAACAGCUCAAAGUGUCCCUCAACCUUCUGCUGUUACCGCUUCGUCUUUGUCAUUGCUGGCGAACCUCAACAAGUCUAUGCAAGCCGUGAAAGCCAAGGGGGAUGAUGGAAACACAGAGGCUGCGAUUGAGGUUGAAGAUGGGGGUGACAAGGACAAGGACAAGGACAAGAACGGAAAGACUGAGCCUGUGGGUUCGACACCUGGUGGUCAUGAAGACGUCGAUGGGAAGACCCAAUCAGAGCAGUUGGUGCACACAAUCAACAAGUUCAACAACUUUGUCAGCGAAAGUUUCAAGCAGACCAUCAUCGCAUCGAAAGAGUGGAAGGCACUUUCACUGGAUGAUGACAAGAUUGAUGCAAGCUUUUUCAAGGUUGUUGAGCUGAACUUGAAUGCAGCUUUGUGGUCAGCGUAUGAAGUACUUGCACCACUGCAUCUCAAGAACGUCUAUGUCAACUUGGGCGUCUCAAACAAGGCAGAGGCCGUGCAAGUGUCCAUGCCCGUGCCAAAUGAUUUGCUCUUACCUCUGGUUCAUCGCAUUGUUCCAAAUAAGCCGAAGAAUGGUUACCUCUGUUGCUCCGCAUUUGGUGUGGAUUGGUGGAUGGAGCCUGGUAAAGAUCCUCUCUCUUCGGACUUUUGUGUUCCUGGCUGGGCUGCAAAGACCGUGACCAGAAUGGACCAGGCGUACUUUCAGCAAACGACCAUCAAACUUGGUGUGGUCUUCUACAAGCUUGGCAAGUACCAGACCAACUUGACAGCUAUGUACCUGCCAGAUAUGAUGUUUGACCCAGAGCAGCACAAGCAAGUCUCAGCUAUGGUUGAGGGUCAGAAGCAUGUGCGUGUUUCCGUGGACAUUCAGGCCUUGAUUCCGGUUUCUGACCUUGACGACAAGUUGGAGAAAGAAGUGACAACACAAAAGGACAAUGUUGAAAAGACUGUCCGCACCAUGAUCACCAACGCCCAGAAAGCAGCAGCAAAGUCCAGUGCAAAUUCGAAGCAGAAGGCCUCUGCAAAAGCCAAAUCUCGCAGCGGCGGCAAGCCCAGACAAGGGUCAGGUGCCGGCGGAAGUGGCAGUGGCGCUGCUUCUGGGGUCGCUGCUGACCCACUCAAGGAUUUGUUGGCUUCGCUUGGAGUGGAUUGUCCAGAGAAGCUUGAGGAUCGGGAGAAGCUUGUGAAUGAAUUGAUCAGCCGUGAGGACAAGUUGGAGGAGAUUGCAUCCAAAGCCCGCGAAGCAAUUGUCAAGCCAGACAAGAUUCCGAUCACCAGAAUGGUUGCUCAGGAGGAGAAGAACACCCGUGCUGCCAGAGCCCGUGUUAUGCAAGAAGCAUUGGCCCAAGCUCAAAAAGCAGCUGCAUCAGCAGCUGACCCUGCGACCGCUGACAAGGAGAAGUUGGAGAACAAAGAUACCACUGAUCCAGGCGCCAAUGCUCACAAACUUGGGCCUUUGGCAUAUGCAGCUUCGAUCAAAGGUGGCAGCAAGCUCUUUAAGUCCAGAACUACCAGCGGUAAGAAGACUGACCAGUCCCUCGCCCAUAUGAUUGCCCUAGGCAAACAUUUGUUAAAAUGA